AUGCCCAAAAGAUCAGUACCCGAUGGUAUUGACCAAUACGACAUGCCUGGUCUUAUGGCGGAUACGAGCCCAUUUCGUUGGCUUGCGAGCACGACCUUUGGUGCAAGCAUGGCCGGCGACAAAAGCACCAUGACACUCUCCGGUUUACCCCUAGAACUCCGAGCAGGAGUACUGGAAUAUGUCGAACUAAAGACGAUCUUCGCCGCUGAUGCUACCUGCAAACCGCUCCACGAAGCAGUCGAAUUUCAUGCACCAUAUAUCCUGGCACAUGAGCGUGCCAAGACGAUGGCCGGUAUCAGGGAGACCUACGGCAAAUUGGUCACCUACGAUAAGAAUACGUCGAUCGUCAAAGCAAUUCAAGACUUUGCCAAGCAUCGACCUUGCAGCCAGCGGCCGUUCAGAGGACGCCAUAACCACCUCAAACAAUUUGCGAGCCAAUACGUCGGCAACACUCUAGAAAUUCUGGACCCCGCCCAAAGUUUCGCACAAACCUACGAGCGGUGCACCAAAGUGGAGAUUGUGGCACAAAGCCUCCUUGAAACCUGCAGACCCAAGGCCUUCGACUGGUGUGUCAAUCAUAUUCAAGCGCGUCUUCAAAGUCUGCUACUGUGCUGUCCGUCGUAUCCGAUAAUGACCAUGGGGACGGAUUUCAAUGAGCUCUACGGAAACUUCACCGCAAGCAAGUCCUUCCUGGGCGUGCCCAUGAGCCGAUCGCGGCCGGUGCUUGAGCCUGCACGAUUCUUGCUGACGCCGACCCGUGACAACCACGAAGAGUACCCAUCUGACGGCCAAUACAUGCCACGUGCAGAAGGCGAUCAGCCAUGGUAUUGCACGGUCGAUGAGCUAGCCCGUGCGCUCGACAUGCCCCUUCCGAGGUUACAUCGUGACAACUUCUCUUACUGUGUGUACACCGACAAAGCCUACAAAGCUGCGCAAGCGCUGGUGGAAGGCGAGGGUGUAAGCUGGCGGCAAAUUCUGAUGGUGGUGACGGAGUUGCAUAUCUACUAA